AACCCUACGCAUUAAGAGAGAGAGAGAGAGUGAGAGAGGAGAGAAAAUGCCAAACCCAAAGGUGUUCUUCGAUAUGGCGAUUGGCGGUGCACCGGCCGGCCGGAUAGUGAUCGAGCUCUACGCCGAUACGACGCCUCGCACCGUUGAGAACUUCCGUGCGCUCUGUACCGGAGAGAAGGGAAGGGGCAAGAGCGGCAAGCCCCUGCACUACAAGGGAUCCACCUUCCACCGCGUUAUCCCGGGGUUCAUGUGCCAGGGUGGCGACUUCACCAAAGGAAACGGUACCGGCGGCGAGUCCAUCUACGGUUCGAAGUUCGCCGACGAGAACUUCAUCAAGAAACACACCGGACCUGGGGUUCUCUCCAUGGCGAAUGCCGGCCCCGGGACCAACGGAUCGCAAUUCUUCAUCUGCACGGCCAAGACCGAGUGGCUCGAUGGCAAGCACGUGGUGUUUGGCCAGGUCGUGGAAGGGAUGGACGUGGUUAAGGCGGUGGAGAAGGUUGGUUCGAGCAGUGGUAGGACCGCGAAGUCCGUGACCAUUGCUGAUUGCGGUCAGCUCUCUUGAUCUGGCCCCAAAUCUGAGAUCGCUUGGCCAAUCAGAUGUUAUGUACUCCUUCUAUAUAUGCCGCCUCCUUUCUGUUACCAUUCGUAAUUUUCAAUGCAUCACUAUGAUCUACCUGUAUCUGGAGGAACUAAUUAAUUUCAGUGGGAUGGAUAUGCUGUACGCUUAAGAAAAUGCUUCCUCCAAAAUAAGAUUUAACUUUAUGUAAUCUAAAUAGAUCUCCUCUCC